GCGUCGGUCAUCGUCUCCCAGUGGACCUGGGCGGCGACGCUCCUCCAGUCGUCCAACGUCGCGUGGAACUUCGGCGUGUCCGGCCCGUUCUGGUACGCGUCCGGCGCGACGAUCCAGGUGCUCCUCUUCGGCAUCCUCGCGAUCGAGAUCAAGCGCAAGUGCCCCACGGCCCACACCAUGGUCGAGAUCGUCCGGUCCCGCUGGCCCGGCGCCCACUACACCUUCCUCUUCUUCGGCUUCUCCGCGAACCUCAUCGUCACGUCGAUGCUCAUCCUCGGCGGCGCGGCGACGAUCAACGCGCUCUGCGGCAUGCACACCAUCAUCGCGUCCUUCCUCAUCCCCAUCUCCGUGAUCCCCUACACCAUGUACGGCGGCCUCAAGUCCACGUUCCUCGCGUCCUACAUCCACACGUCGAUCAUCUUCGUCGUGCUC